AUGUCUGCCCCUGCUGAUACCAAAGUCUCUGACGCUGCCGUUUCCGACGUGACCGCCGCUCUGUCCAACGCUAACAUCUCUGGCAAGCCCGACGAAAAGGCCAACGACGCCUACCUUGCCAGCGCUGCCGAGGGCCGCCGACUUUACAUCGGCAACCUCGCCUACGCUACUACCGAAGGGGAGCUCAAGGAAUUCUUUAAGGGAUACCUUAUCCCCUGUGUGCCUUGCAAUAUGAUGGCCCUUUCGAGCUAUUUCUGUUGGUGGUGUUUAUUGGAACCUGGUCGUGAGCUGUGCUUUGCUGCUCCGAACUCGCAGGGCUUCAGGGUGAUACCUUCCUACAUACUGUCCAAUUUUGCUGACAAAUGCCUGUUUUAUAGCGAGUCUGUCUCGAUUCCCAAGAACCCUCGCACUGAACGCCCGGUUGGCUACGCCUUUGUCGACCUUUCGACCCCGACCGAGGCUGACCGUGCCGUCACGGAGCUGUCCGGAAAGGAGAUCCUUGAGCGCAAGGUCUCUGUCCAGCUUGCCCGCAAGCCCGAGGCUGCCGGCGAGAAGGAGGCUACCAACGGCGAGGGCGAGGAGGGUACCCGCCGCCGCCAGUCCACCCGCGGCCGUGGCCGUGCCAGCCGUGGCCGUGGUGGCCGUGGCCGUGGCGGCGUGAACGAGGAUGGCACCCCUGUCGAGGGUGAGGCAGCUGCUACUGAGGCCGCUGCCGAAACCGCUCCCAAGGAUGUUACCAACAAGCCUGCGGGCGCCGAGGAGGCUGGCAAGAAGGCCCGUCAGCCCCGUGAGCCGCGCGAACCUCGUGAGCGCCGUGAGCGUGGUCCCCCGGCCGAUGGCGUCCCGUCAAAGACAAAGGUCAUGGUUGCCAACCUGCCGUACGACCUGAAGGAGGAUGCUCUGAAGGAGCUCUUCGCCGCAUACGAGCCGUCUACCGCUAAGAUCGCACUGCGCCCCAUCCCCCGGUUUAUGAUUAAGAAGCUCCAGGCUCGUGGCGAGGCACGCAAGGGUCGCGGUUUCGGCUUCGUGACUCUGGCCUCCGAGGAGCUGCAGCAGAAGGCCGUUGUGGAGAUGAACGGCAAGGAGAUUGACGGUCGCGAGAUCGCUGUCAAGGUCGCUAUCGACAGCCCCGACAAGACGGAUGAGGAGGCCAACGCCCCCGAGGGUGAGGCCAACGGCGAGAACGUCGAGGCCGAGGCCCCUGCUGCCACUGCCUAG